UUAUAAAAAGGCCAGAAUCAAACGCGUCAAGGGCGCGUGUCAUCACCCUUUGUUUCCCUCUAUUUAAUCACUCUUUCAAAACAUCUAGUACCCACUCAAUUAGUGUCUCUGUUUUUCUCUGAACACUUUUCUUUCCUUAUUUUUCUCUUUCUGCUUUUCCUUUCUUUCCGAAUGGAAUUCAGGUUUCGUCAUGGCGAAAACCAAAGCACACUGUUACCGCAGCAGCGCACUCUCGCUCUCUCCACUGUCCCUUUGGUCUCCGGUCACCCAUUACGAGGUGGUUUUUCGGGUAUUAUCCGGGAGACGAAAAUGUACCCAACUUCGGUACCGAUCAACCCGGAGGAAGUAAUACGGCGAGAGAUGGAAAGGGAGCAGAUAAGGCGAGAGAUGGAGAAAGAGGAAAUAAGGAGAGAGAUUCUCGCCGGGGAGAUGGCACGGCGGAUGGAAUUGGAAGAGGAGGUGAGGAGGGAACUGAUGUCGGAAAGAGCACUGAAAAUGCAGAUACACAGAAUGGAAGGAAUCACUUGUGGUGAACGAGUUUCGCUGUCUAUGAUCCCAGGAAGGAGACUGCAAAACUUUGUUCAUAACAGCAACAUAUUUGGUGGACCACAACCCCAGUUAGCUCAUAAAGUUGACAUCACACAGUUCUAUAAGCAGAAGCCAAAUGAAACUCUGACUAAUAAUCAGCCAAAUGUUGUUCUUUCUGGUGCAAAGUGCAAAGAGGUGCUACACAGAGAGGUGCUAGAUGUUAAUCUUGUGAAGCGAAAACUGGAGGCUUCUUUUCGGGUUGAUGACAAACAUUCUGGAUCUAGCUUGGAGAAGAAACCCAAGAAUGAUUGGAGAUGUGCAUUAUGUCAUAUUGUUACCACAAGUGAAAAAGGCUUGAAUGAUCAUCUGCAAGGGAAAAAGCACAAGAUUAAAGAAGCAUCUAGAACUCCAAAAAUAGGAUUGGUUGCAAGACGACAGGAUGGUGAAACACUUCAAUCUGGCAUGAAGCCUGCAUACAAAGGCAAACUGGAACCCGUAAAAAUGGAUUUGGUUGUGGAGAAAACUCAAGAUUUAGGUGGCACAGAUAAUGAAAAUGAAACCACCACUGAGGAAAAAGUUCUGAAAACCAAAGCAAUGACUACAAGGAAGAAGUUUAGUUUUUAUUGUGCAUUUUGUCAAGUUCGAACUCACUCAGAAAUUAUCAUGCAGAGUCAUAAAAGUGGAAAAAAACAUCUGGCUAAUAUUAAAAAAUAUAGCCCAAACAAUUCUGCUGGUGCUGUUUGUGCUGCUGGAAAUUCCGAGUAACAGACAUGUUAUAUGUCUUUGUGCUUGCUUAGGUUCAUGAAUACUUUUCUCUUUGGGUUAUAAUGUGUCUUAUUUUAGUACCUAUUGAGUUGCAAAACAUUUUCAUUGUCAUUUUUGUUUGGAUUGAAUAGAAGGAAAAGAAAAAAUAGAAAUUAAAUAAAAAAUGUAUUGUUUGCAGGAAUACAAAUGAGAAAAAUAAGUGCUAUCUAUUUCAGGAAACUA